AUGCCAUACCUCCGCGAAACUCACCCGGACCAGCUUACUACCUACUCCGGCUUGAUGACCCACCUCUGGCGCCAGUAUCAUGAUCCCAACCAGGAGGAAAACGCGCUCAUCAACUUUACCAAGCUGAAGAUGAAAGAUAACGACAACUUUGAUUUCUUUAAGAAUAAGUUUGUUCGGAUGGCUGGCGAGUGCCAACGUCCCAAGACCGAGUGGAAGCGGGAGCUGUUCCAGCGCCUUCCCGCCGAGUACAAAAAGCAGAUGGGAGCGAAGCACCGUGACCCUUCUAUCUCUUUCGAGUCGUACUGUGUCGACUGCUCCGUGCUCAAGACCAUCGCCGAUGAAGCCAAGGCUGCUUCUAGAAGCUCGAACAACAAGGGCAACAAUAAGAACUCCGGUGCUGGCUCGGGCGGAUCUGGUUCUGCUCCCAAGCCCGCUGCCGCUGGUGGUAACCGCCCCACUGCCGAUCGCGAGGAGACUACCCGCCUGUUCAACGAUGGAAGAUGCUUCCUUUGCAAAGAACGCGGACAUACCAAGCGCGACUGUCCUGAGAAGGAACGAUACGACCGUGAGCGCCGCGACCGUGUCGCCGCUGUUGUCGAUCGUCACCUGGCUCACGAAGGCAGAGGUCAACCGGCUGCUGCAGCCCCCGCCACGGACGCUGCUCCCGCUGCGAACGAUCAGGGAAACUAA